AUGUUUAGGAGCUGCAGUGAUCUCAAGAGACACAUGCGUACACACACUGGGGAAAAGCCAUAUACGACCCUCAGUAGUCUCAAGGUGCACAUGCACACUCACACGGGAGAGAAGCCAUUUGCAUGUGACACUUGUGAAUACAUGUGUAGGCUUUCCACUGAGCUCAAGAAACACAUGCGCACUCACACAGGAGAAAAGCCAUAUGUGACGGCUGGUAGACUUAAGCUACACAUGCGCACUCACACGGGAGAAAAGCCGUAUGUGUGCGAUAUAUGUGAACACAGAUAUACGACCCUCGGUAGUCUCAAGGUGCACAUGCACACUCACACGGGAGAGAAGCCAUUUGCAUGUGACACUUGUGAAUACAUGUGUAGGCUUUCGACUGAUCUCAAGAAACACAUGCGCACUCACUCAGGAGAAAAGCCGUAUGUGUGCGAUAUAUGUGAUAACAGAUAUACUACCCUCGGUAGUCUCAAGGUACACAUGCGCACUCACACGGGAGAAAAGCCGUAUGUGUGCGAUAUAUGUGAUCACAGAUAUGCUACCUUCCGUAUUCUCAAAGUACACAUGCGCACUCACACAGGAGAGAAACCAUUUGCGUGUGAGAGAUGUGAAUAUAAGUGUUCUACGUUCGGUAUGCUUAAGCCACACAUGCGCACUCACACGGGAGAGAGGCCGUAUGCGUGCGACAAGUGUGGAUGCAAGUUUGCUGCCCGCAGUUCACUGACUAGACACCGGCGCACUCACUCAAACCCGAGCGAGUGAUACACGCAUCUAUGCAGGGCGAAUACAGAAACUAGGACUUACAUCAAAUCGUAUAGCAUGACAGUAUCACAUCGUCUAAAACAAUCCUGCUGCCUGCAAAUUUUUUUCGAAAUUGUCAUUUCUUUCUGUACAUCUAUUGCCAUAAAUACAAACGUCACAUAUUGGUAUGUACUUAUAGAUUGUGUGUUUUAUGUGGGCACAUGUGGUGGUGUGGGGGCUGCACGUGUGAGUGCGCGCGCACGUGUGUGCAUGUGUGUGUGUGCGCGCAAAAUCUCUUAACAACCUCGUGAUGAACUGCGAAAGGAUAUCCGAUUACAAUCCUAUUGUCUAUCAGCGGAAAAUCGCUGAGAUAGACUGGAUCCACGUACUCGACGUGCCGGACCGCUGCGCACUCGCAUGUGACGGACAGUUCUGCGCAGAGAACUUCACGCCAGUCUAGAUUCUGCAUGUAUAUGCAGUAACCUUUCCGGUCGCGGGAAGGUGAGAGUAGGACCCUCAGGGGGGAGCACUCCCUACAAAAUAGGGUAGGUAUGUGCCACUUGAGAGAUGGAAUAGGGGGUUCUCCGGUAUUAACUCAGCACAUCAAAAUGCGCGUCUCCGGAACUAGGGUUUGCUGGAAAGCAUGAUGCUCCGGAACUGUACAUGUUUGCGAGAGGGGGUCUACGGAACGUGCGGAAAAAAGUAGGACCUAUGCUCCGGGACGGGAAAUGUGUGAAUAUGGGUUUCUCAUUAGUUCUGUUUUUAAGACUUUUGCUUCUAUAUAUAUACAA